AAUUUCAAGGAGAUUCUACGAUCGCAACUACCAUUUUCAUACUUCGGAUGUCUUAAGCGGAAAAAGAUGAAUUAUGACCCUUCCGAGCAGCCCGUGUGAGAUAGAAAACAUGAGCUUGUUUCAAGACCUCAAGUUGAAAAGGAGAAAGGUCGACUCCCGAUGUAGUAGCGACGACUCCCCGGUAUCCCUCGGAUCAGCAGGCUCGCCGCAGGGAAACCCGACGACGGACGCACCUUCACCCAUAAACUUUCCUGCUCCAGGGGAGAGCAUGGCCGAUACUUCAACUCUGUCGCCGGAAACGAACAUGCCGAGCUCGCCAGGCUGCCAGAUCAGAGUGACGAGCGAGUAUAACCUGCUGGGCAGCCCGAGUCCAGGGCCACCACGAGGAGAUUCUCUUCGUGGUAUCGGCAGCAGUGAUGGCGGAGGUGGAAGAGGAAACGGUCAAGAGGGUCGCGACGCGGGAUGCUCGGAUCGUGCGUCGCCUGACUCGGUCUUCCCGGAUGCCGGUCCGCUGAUGAGCUUCAGGGUCUCCGACGAGCAGCAACAUCAUCAGCACUCACAGCAGCAGCAUCAGCAACAACAACAACGCUCCAUCACCCCCGUACAGAUCAAAACGUCGCCGUAUUCGCCAAUUCCAGCGGUCUCAUCGACUCCGAUUGCCCAAGAUGCCUCGUCGAGGAGUGACAGUCCGGACUUAAAGGGCGACCUAUCGUCCGUCCAGACCAAGGAAGAAUCCGACAAUUCGGUUUUCGACGGAGGUGGGGGCGGUAGUAGUGGCGGUGGCAGUGGUGUCGGUGGUCGUUCGGAAGCCUCCAACCAACCUAGUCACCGGAAUAGCCCGUCAUCUCAAUUCAACUUGAACCUAAACAUUAGUCCCGGCGCAGUUGGUUCAGCCAGACCACACGGAUCCUUGCAACAACAACAUUCACCACCGGCGCCACCAAGAUCACGCGCACCUCCGGUACCACCGCAUCUGUUAGUGGCUCAUCAUCAAUUUUGGUCUCAGAACACUACUAGCGUACAGGGAUUCGCUACGCAGAGGCUACUCAACGGUGUCAUUAGCAGUGCUGUUAGUUACGGUGGGCAGAAUGCAACAACUGUCUCCACCAGUUCUAGCGGUACCAAUGUCAGCUGUGUCACUACCGGCGCUACCAUCACGGCAACCUCGUGUGAAGGUAUGAAACCACCGGCGCAGAGAGCAGCGCCAGUACCACCGCGGCCCCCGCCCACGGUGUUAAUGGGUGAGAUCGGCGGCGUCCGUACGAUGAUAUGGUCAGCGCCGCCAUUGGAUCCGGUACCGCCGCCAGCAGCAUCUUGGUCUGCUACAGCGGCAGCGACCGCCUCGUGCUCUUCGUCGGAGGAGUCGGCUGCCCAGCUAUUGCUGAAUCUUGGCCAGGAAUCCAGGGGUAAACCACCCUCGUCUCCCGCGGUCACGUACUCAUCCGCUGUCGGACCGCCGCUCAACAUGGAGAGGCUGUGGGCUGGCGAUCUGACGCAGCUGCCGGCCGCGCAACAGAUGCAAGCGCUGAAUCUCACGGCGUCCGGUUCCGUCGCGCAACCGUGGGUUAGCAACGGCGGUACUGUUGUCAAAUCUGAGGCGGCCUCACAAUCCAUAUCGGUGGCACCGCCUGCGCCUCCUUUACCGCCUCAGGAGAACGAAGAAGACGAAACGCCUAUGAUAUGCAUGAUCUGUGAGGACAAGGCGACCGGCUUGCACUACGGUAUCAUCACGUGCGAAGGAUGUAAAGGCUUCUUCAAAAGGACCGUGCAAAAUAGACGGGUAUACACGUGUGUGGCAGAGGGAGGCUGCGAAAUUACGAAGGCGCAAAGAAACAGGUGUCAGUACUGCCGGUUCAAGAAGUGCAUCGAACAGGGUAUGGUCCUGCAGGCGGUUCGAGAAGACCGGAUGCCUGGAGGAAGAAAUUCGGGUGCAGUGUACAAUCUUUAUAAGGUGAAGUACAAGAAACACAAGAAGAGCAACAAGACGGGCGGCGUCAGCAAUAUGAGUGGUAGUAAUGUUGGUGGUGUAAACGGCUCGGGUACUCUCGGGGGUGCCAAGAAUACAAUGAGCACGACGAGCAUGCUAGACAAGCAUAUGGCCGCGGCUGCUGCCCAUCACAGCCAGCAACAGCAGCAGCACGUCCAACUAGCUGGUAGUUUCCUUCAUCAUCACAAAAUCUCAUCAGGCGAUCCACUUAACUCACCACCCACUCCUAGCCACCCGAGCCAUCCUACGCAUUCGGGCCAUCUCGUCAACGGGACUAUCCUGAAGACGGCGCUCACUAAUCCCUCUGAAGUGGUGCACUUGCGACAAAGGUUAGACAAUGCAGUUAGCAGUUCGAGAGAUCGAGUAUUUCCUUUGGACGCAACCUUAACCAUGAUUCAAACUCUUAUAGAUUGCGACGAGUUCCAAGAUAUCGCCACAUUGAGGAACUUGGACGAGCUGCUGGACCAUAAUUCAGAUUUAAGUGACAAGCUGUGUCAGAUAGGAGACAGCAUAGUAUACAAGUUGGUGCAGUGGACCAAAAGGUUACCGUUUUACCUUGAAUUGCCAGUCGAAGUUCACACAAGGUUGCUCACCCACAAAUGGCAUGAACUUCUUGUGCUGACCACAUCUGCCUACCAAGCAAUGCACGGUCAUCAUAGAUUGACAAAUGUCGCUACUGAUGGGACGGGUGCAGACUUUAUGCAAGAAGUAACGAACAACAUGUAUACGUUGCAAAGAUGCCUAACCAGCAUGAUGGGUCGGCCGAUAACCAUGGACCAAUUGCGGCAAGAUGUAGGACUCAUGGUGGAAAAAAUCACAUAUGUCACGUUAAUGUUUAGGCGAGUGAGACUACGAAUGGAGGAGUAUGUCUGUCUAAAAGUAAUCACUAUGCUCUCACAAGACACGAAAUCACGAGGAAGUACAUUGGAAUUAGAACAAAUACAAGAACGGUACAUGAGCUGUCUGCGAAGUUUUGUCGAGCACAGCGCUCCUCAACAGCCGGGUCGAUUUCAUGAUCUUCUUGUCAGAUUACCCGAAGUACAAUCGGCGGCGACUUUACUACUCGAGAGUAAAAUGUUCUACGUUCCUUUCUUAUUGAACUCAGCAAUUCAAAGAUAGUAAAUAAAUAAAAUGACGAUGAAUGAAGCUGAAUACCUAUAUACAUGCUAUAUAUAUGUUAUAAAAAUAUAUACAGAAAAAGUAAAAGAAGCGAACAAACGGACAAACAACAAACGAACGAAAAAAAGAAAAAAAUUCAAUGAAAAACAAAGAGAAAUGAUUCAAGUCGA